CCUCCGUUUCAUUCCUUGCUAGUUAACUCAAGACAUGGGCGUUGAAAUCGAGCGUAUUACUCCGGGUGAUGGCCAGACCUAUCCCAAGACAGGGGAUACCGUCACCAUUCACUACGUCGGUACCCUCUUGGAUGGCACCAAGUUUGACUCUAGCAGAGAUCGGAACAAACCGUUCGAGACGGAGAUCGGUGUGGGUAGGGUGAUAAAGGGGUGGGACGAGGGUGUCCCGCAACUGUCUCUUGGUGAGAAGGCUGUCCUCACGGCUAGCCCCGACUUUGCAUAUGGCCCUCGUGGCUUCCCUCCGGUGAUUCCUCCUAACUCUACUCUCAAGUUCGAGGUCGAGCUCCUCAGGAUCAACCCUCGGCAUUAAUUCUUCUUGGGACUGGCUUUACUUCGGUUUCGGUACUUUCUUGUGAUGACCUGUAUGAUUACUUCAUUCAGCCUUCAAUGAGCAUACACUUGCACGAUUUGGCAUUGCAUUACGAUUUUCUAGUGGCGCGAUUCUUCAUGGAGUGCUGCGUUGUCUCGUUUAGUUUCGUUGAGAGCUUCUUGGUGCUGCUCGUGGUCCGCGGCAUGGAGCUCUGUUUUUGUCGGAUAUCGCGCACGUAUCAAUCAACACUGUGACUGGUUGUAAAUCUCGUGUAAAAUGUACCUUCAAUCCAAGACGCGAUGGUAUCGCUUGCUUCC